AUGAAUUUGGAUAUACGAAAUUCAGAAAAUGAAGGCAAUUUAGGUCUUAUAAUACAUAAGAGAGAAAAUUUCGGAGGCGUUUUUGACCGACGACAAUUGAAAGGAUUAACUGCUGUUUAUGAUCUUUUAAACGAGAAUUUCUUUUAUGUGUUGUUUAUUGCCGAAACUAAUUCUCUCAAAUUGGUCAGCAUAAUAGUAAAUUGUCCAUCAGCUACUGUGACUGGAAAAAGGUGA